ACACUGAGAGGGAUUAGUUUCUCGAUUGAGCUGUUUCUGAGAAGUUCCGAGUUUCACUCAUGGUGUUGUCUGCAAAGUUACCUCACGCUCUCAAGCAACAGGCCCUGAUUCCUUGGGGAGGCGGGUUGAUGUGACCGCCGGAAUCAUCUCGAAAUAAAAGCAUCUGCACCAAACUCCCCGAGGAUGACUCUCAAGGGCUUGGUACCCCUCGCAAAGAAAGUGCUCCGCCUCCGUGGUUCGGACACCUUGCCCUUCCUCCAGGGUGUGCUCACGAAUGAUGUGUACUCUGAAGCCAAAGUGGUCUAUUCCUAUCUCCUGAAUAGUCAGGGGCGCGUGCUCUUUGACCUGUUUCUCUACAAACUUGGCGAAUCAGACGUCCUACUUGAGACCGAUGCCACCUUGGAAAGCUCUCUUUUGAAGGUUCUGAAUCUCUACAAGAUGCGUCGCUCGGUUUCUAUUGAGACAGCUCCGUAUACUGCUUGCGCGUCGUUCGGUCCCCUCGAUAGCGGGAUUAUCGACGGACCCGACCCAAGACUUCCACAGCUCGGCGUCAAAUCGAUACGAGGAACUGGGGAGCCGGAUUCUCGGAUGGACCUGUACCGAGAACUGCGUUACCGAUUGGGGGUUCCAGAAGGGCCAAGUGAGCUCGGUACUGGGAAAGCGAUUCCUCUGGAGAGCAACGGAGAUUACUUGAAUGCGAUCUCUUUCGACAAGGGUUGUUAUAUCGGUCAAGAGCUGACGGCAAGGGCUCAUCAUACAGGCGUCAUUCGGAAACGAUACAUGCCAAUCUCGUUCCCGAAACCUCAAAAAAUAUCGUGUGACGCCGAGGAGCUAUCAGUCUUGAGUCAGAACGGAGCGAAGGUAGGAGUUCUAAAAGCCGUCAUGGGCACACGCGGUCUCGGACUCAUGCGGAUCAGGGAAUCGUUGGAAGCUGGUGAUCUCUCAAUCGAAGUGAACGGUGAAAAUGUAGAAGUCGAAGUCAGCUGCCCGGAAUGGUGGCCCAAAUUGAGCAUGCCCUGAGAAUCAGCCUUUC